GUGGGUUUUCUGGGUGUCCUGUUUUGAAAACUCUCUGUCCUGGCAUCCUGUGUCCCUCUACUCUCUUUUUUCUCUCUUUUUCCCUUUUUCUCCUCCUUCCACUCGCUCUCCCUCCAGAGUGGGACUCUCCUCUUCCUCGACAGGCUCCUGUCAGGUCUGCAGCAUCCGUCUUUUGGGAGCUCCGUUAGAAGCCUGAAACCAUGCUGACGUUUUUGGCGCUGGCGUCGGUCGUCCUCCUGGGAAUAGUGCCCGAGCAGUCCCAGGCCAUAGUGAUUUACACCGGCUGGGAGCGCCACGCCCUGGUGGGCGCCGACAUCCGGCUGUCAUGUUCCUUCUUUUCCUGGCGCUGGACAUCGGAGGAUGUCACCUUCUCCUGGACGUACAGGCCUGAUGGCUCCCGGGACAGCAUUUCUAUCUUCCAUUACACCGGUGGUGUUGCCUAUGUCGACAACAAGGGCCCGUUCAGGGACCGGGUGGAGUUCGUGGGGAACCCCGGCCGCCGCGAUGGUUCCAUCCUGAUCAAGAACCUGGACUUCAACGACAACGGCACCUUCACCUGCGACGCCAAGAACCCCCCUGACAUAGUGGGUCGGCCCUCCAGCGUUCGCCUGCUGGUUUUUGAGAAAGUGCCAAUCCAGGCUGGCGUGAUCACAGGAGCCAUCAUCGGGUCGGUGCUGGGCCUGCUGGUGCUCAUCGUGGUCAUCUACUACCUGAUGAGGUUCCUGGUGGCGCGUCGUGUCUUCAGCCUCAGUGUCAGCAAACAUGGCAAGAAAAAGAAAGAGGGAUCACAGCAGAGACAGGGCCCCGCGCCUCCCGCUGACCCCUCCAAGGUGAAGGCGUCUGUCUCGGAAAAGAAGAAGCAGGAGUCUCGCAAGGAUAAGAAAUAGGAUACGGGGAGGGGCUGGGGCGGGCUCGCCAGUCGGCUACUCCAGCCCAUGCGCCAGGUGGUGGUGUGGGCCCGGCCCAGUGAGCAGCAGAGAACCGUAGUGAGAAAGGCAGAGAGGGUCGGGGGAGGAGGGGAGGAGGGCUCGGGCCGGGUGCUGAUGACCAUUGAUUUGGAGCUGAUCCGCAAAAACGGGGAGGAGGGGCCCCGCAGCGAGGCAAGGACGGGGAAGCCCAAAGCGCCCGGCUUCCUGUCCCGCCUCGCCAACCAGCUCACCUUCAAUUAAUAGACAGGCGGGGGGGAGGGGGAGGAAGCUCUGGAGGAUAAGAGAGUGGGAAGUCUACCGAGGAGUCCAACCACAAGCCUACUUUACAGCCACCACAAUGGCAGUCCCUGAAUAAACGAGUCAAAUCAUAUCUGCUCCUGUCUCGCGCCAUGCAGCCGCGAUGUCGUGAUAAUCUCUUACACCAGCCGCCACGUGCGGUACUUUUGUCAGGUCAUAAGAUAUGCCAGUCGAGGCAAGGCCCUCUGAGAUGGUUGGGUUUGAUAGCAGAACCUAAAAAAAGCUGCUCCUUGGCUUUUGCCUCUUUGUGGUUCCUCUCAUUGUGAUCCUAUCCUCUGAAACAGCUUCCUCCAAGUGUGUCCGAUACGCAUCACAGGUCCCCAGCUGCAGGGACAAGCCAAUUUACUUUUUUUCUCCCUUCUUCUCCUCCUUCCCGAAAGUGACGUUUCAAACUCUACCAUUCUCCCCUCACACUUCCUUUUUUUCUCACUCUUCCUCCUCUUCCACUGUGAAUUUCCUGACUUUCUUGUUAAUUCCAAUUACAGAGGUGAUUUAAAUGCUAACUGCUCUAUCCUCUUUCUCUCUCACCUCCCUCCCCUCUGUUCUUCCUUCUCUUUCUCCUGUAGAUAAAGGUCUGACUUCUCCAUGACUGCCUCCACUCCUCUAGUCUGCUCCCUCCUUUUCUGCCCAGCCUGACGCUACCCCCAUUAUUUCCCAUUAUCUCGACUCUUUCAAGACAGCACUGGCUGUAAGAACAGUCCUUUAUUAGUGGACGCGGUGUCAAAUCUUUUAUUUAUUUAUUUAAUUAUUAUAAUUUUUUUUUACAGCAUUUGGUCAGAGGCCCUGUAUGUAUGCGCUCAUCGGGCAAACGGUAAAAGUUUUUUUAAGGCCUAACUCUGCACAUAACUUCCGUGUGAGGGAGCUGAGAAACGCCUGCGUCGCUCAGAGUCUCCUGAAUCUUCCCCUGUCUUCAUGUUUACGACAGUGAGUGCACUCUGGACUUCAGAUGGAGAAAAACAUAGACGGAGAGGGAGGGAGAGGAGAGAGCAGGGGGGGGGGGACACGGGGGGGUAGCAGAGGAGAAAUACGAUUCCUGCUCUCAGCCGGCAUAGAUAGAGGUUCAAGCCCUCAAGCCUCCGGGUGAUUCAAUCCUCUCACAUUUGAGCUAAUGGAGGUUGUCGCUGUGUCCCUGCCCUGGCUAAAGGCGGCUAUUUCUGGCCCUAUGAGAGCGUACGAGCUUACUGUAACAGCUGCACAUUUUUCAGCCGGCAGGGGGAGGGUGUGAGAGAGGGAGAGAGAGGAGUAGAGCAGGUGAUGGGGAGGGGAGGGGAGGGGAGGCUGUCCGCUGUUGACUCGACGGCCGGCGACUGACAACCUGGAAUGACGUCAUGGCCCCCGGGGGCCGGCGGCUGCUCUCAGGAGUCUGACAAAAGGCUUUACAGGAAGAGGUGCAGCUUCUGUGCUCCCACUUAUUUGAGGUCCAGUUAAUCCACUCACACGUUUCUCCUUCUCCAGCCCAGAGCUAAUUAUUUUUGCGCAUGCUGGUAACCAGAUAUCUCUCUCCACAUCUCUCUCUCUCUCUCUCUCUCCCCCUCCCCUGCCUCCUCUGCCGUCUUCACUCCUCUCUUAUUCACUCCUCAUCUCAGCACCCAUCUUGGGAUUCAUCUCCUCCCAUUUCGAACCAGUGUUUCGCUCUCUCUCUCUCUCUCUCUCUCUCUCUCUCUCUCUCUCUCUCCCUCUCCGUCCCUUAUCUCUUCCUCUUCCUGUCGUCUAUAGUGACUCUUACUCUGCAUUAUUCCCCCCCCCACACACAGAAAAGGUCCAUAUAAAAUCCACCCUUUAAGUCAUCUCCUUAUCUGACGUCCAGGCCUACAAGCUCCUCGCUCCUCUGUCCUUCCUCCUCCUCCUCCUCCUCCACCACGCCCUUCUUCUUGUCUUACUCAAACUCGACGACAGACAUCUGUCUCAUCCUCACUUUUGAUCAUGUGAUCGACACAUGCCCUCUCUCUUGCCCUUCAAAAUGCACCCCCCCCCCCCCCCCCCCCCGCCCAGUCAGCCCUCCUUCCAUCGACCCUUUUUACUGUCUUACUUCUGCUGGUUUGAAUGCCACAGUGCUCACCUCUGCCCCCAACUGGCAAAGGAAGGAAACACAUGAGCAUAAAAUCCGCCUUUACUUGUCACUGAAGACAGAAACUUAUAAUCUAGCUAGCUCUUCUCUGGUCGCAAAUACCGACGUGUGUUUUAUGUAUAUGUGUGUCUAUUUAAAGAUUUGAUAUAAAGCAGUAUAUCUACCCUAAGUAAAGCCUUGUUUUGUUUUUUUUGUUUGACAUGUUAAUGUAGGGAAGGGGAAGUGAUGUAAUUGCAGUUAUAUUUCUGACCUUGUGUGUUAUGGACGGUACUGUGUGGCUGCGUCUUUGGCGCGCGUUGAACUCCGAGGUGAAUGGAAUUCGUUCGAUUGGCCUCAGAUUCAGCGCAAAACGUCGCAGGGGAGGGAUAUAAAAAAAAAAAAAGAAAGAGGGGAGGAUGGUGCAUGCUGUGGGAGAAUGCUUUUGGAGGAAAAGGCUUAUCUGGUGUGUUUAGCCAAGCCAGAAAUCCAUAUGUAUCACUACAGAUAGUCUGCUCUCUCCCCCCCCCCCCGGAGCUUUCUUUUAAAGGUGCUCCUUCCCUGAGCCAAAGAUGGAUUGCGAUCUGCGUGCUUGAUAUGCAGGGUGGAUAGUGUCGACUUGAAUGUUCCUUUAAAAUUCAUAGCAGGAAUGGAGGUGCUAAAAAAAACAACCCACAUCUUUAUAACUGUAGAUCUGUUCCACUAGUCGCUGUUUAACUAUCCAAUCAAACGGAUACGUUGGAAUGUUUUCUCCUUUGUUGCAGCAAAGCCACACAGACACCUGACAUAAGACAGCAUUAAAAUGCCUUUUAAACUGUUUUUGUUCGUCUGUAUUAUGACCUGUAUUAGCCACAGUUGUAGAAUAACAUCCCUUUAUUUCAAGUGAUUGAGCUUCUUGCAUUUUUGGUUGUUCUUUUUGUUGUUUUUGUUGGUUUUUUUUUUUUUUACAUUUAUUUUAAUGCUUGUGGUAAUUCCAGAGCACUAACAACAUUUGAUGACUCUGUAUAAUAUGUUGUAAAGAGGACGUAAAUAAAAAUUUAAAGCCCCCAACCGCAGCUGUUAUCAACAGGAGACCAAAUAAACCCAGCUGAAAAUGUC